GCCGGCGCGGCGGUGAUGGCGGCGGCGCCGCGCUGGCGGGAGCGGCUGUUCGCGCUGUUCUUCCUGUCGCACGUGCCGCUGACCGCGCUCAUCGAUGCGCAGCCGCUGCUGCCCACGGGGCUGCUCCCACCGGCUCUGACGGAGCUGCUGCAGUGGUACGCAACCACCUUCAGGGACCCCCUGAUGCUCCAGCCCCCGGAGUGGUUCAAGGCAUUCAUCUAUUGUGAAGCUUUCCUGCAGCUGCCCUUCUUCCCCAUCGCAGCCUACGCCUUCCUAAAAGGGAGCUGCAGGUGGAUAAGGACUCCAGCUAUUAUCUACUCCACACACGUGGCUACCACUCUGGUGGCCAUCCUCGCACACAUCCUGUUCCACGACUUCUCGGGGCCGGAGCAGCUGGGACCUCGGACGCAGCGUGAACGCCUCAUGCUGCUCUCCGUGUACGUGCCCUACUUGCUGAUACCGCUGCUGCUUCUUUACACCAUGCUCUAUAACCCCCACUACAACCACGUGGAGAAGCGGAAACGGAAGUAGCCGGCUCUGCGGGUCAUACGUCCAGCACUGACGCAGAGCCCAUGCUGACGUGGUCCUCUGGGACCGUGGUGGUGGCUGCAGCAGCCAUUCCCAGGGCACCAGCUCCCACAAGAACAGGCUUGGUGUGAGCUGAGCCCCGGGGCUGCGGCACACGCAGGGGAAGGCAAUUCCCACCUCUCCCUGUCCCGUUGUGCCCUCUGCAACGGGAAACCGGACUUCAACCACCUGAUGUGUAACUGCGUGGUGGGGGGAUGCUGCCGCUGAUCCCUGUUCCCAAGAGGACUGCCAGGAAACCACUUCAGUCAGAAACAUGUCUUCCAAGAGCUGGUUACACACAGAUCCCCAGAGUGAUGCUUCCAACACAUUCCACAUCCUACAAUCGCUCUGAGCUUCCUCGCUUCCUUUAAAAUCCCACCUUCCUUUGCUCUGCUUCAGUUUUGAUUAAUUGUCAGUUAAUUUGCUCAGUGAUAAUGUGCCCAAACUUGGAUUUACUAAUGCCUGAAGUGACCUUUGCUGGACACUGAGGCAUAAUUCCUGGGGGAUUCCCAAGUAUGUCAGGGAUCGUGAACAAGGGUUUGCAAUUUCUCUCUCCAUAAAAAUCACUUCUCAUGUGGAAAUAAAUAACUAAACGCAUUAAA